CAUUCGGUCAAAUACGUAGGUAAUGGACGUUUCACUUUCCAAUAUUAUUUUUAAAACACAAUGCGUCAUAUUUUUUGUGCAAAAGUAUUCUUUUUCUGUUGUUUUUGUACCAUAGUAUUAUUCAUUUUUAAUGUGUUAGUGACAAAAGAAGAAAAAUAUGAAUAUCUCAGCAUAUCAGCUGAGAUAGAAGCCAAACAAGAUAUUUCGAACCGAAAUAUCGAUGAAUAUCUAAAAGAUCCUAAUAUAAAGUACUUAUUGGAGUGGACGUCACCGAUCACAGAACCUUUUAUAUUUUUAGACAUUGGCCAAAAAGGAUUCAUAAGGCGACGCUGUCACUACACCAACUGCUUUGUUACAGCCAACAGAUCAUUAUUAGGCGAUAUCAGACAGUUCGAUGUAAUCUUAUUCCACGGACCGGAAAUCAAUCGGAAUUUUAAAAAUUUGCCCGUCGUCAGGUCGAGGCGCCAGAAAUUCGUUUACGCUUCUAUGGAAUCAUCUCAUUACUACCCACUUUGCUCAAACAAAAUGGACAAUUAUUACAACUGGACAUGGACAUUCCGUCUGGAUUCGGACGCAAGAUGGGGUUACAUACUCGUUAAAGAUAGAAACGGCACAGUUAUUGGGCCCAACAAAGUAAUGCAUUGGAUGAAAUUAGAAGAAAUGCAACCAGUAGAACCGGCAUUUAAAGAAAAGUUGAAAAGUAAAAAAAAAGCAGCCGCGUGGUUUGUCUCCAAUUGCAAUGAUAUAUCAGGACGAAAGCAAUUUGGAGAUGCAUUGAAAAUGGAACUUAAAAAUUAUAAACUUGAAUUAGAUGUUUAUGGAAAGUGCGGGUCGUUAUCAUGCUCUCUUGAAGACGAAAACGAAUGUGAACGAAAGAUAGAUGAAGUGUAUUAUUUCUACUUGGCCUUUGAAAAUUCGUUCAGUGAAGAUUAUGUGACAGAAAAACUACUACACGCUUUGAAAAAUAAUGCAGUACCUGUCGUUUACGGUGGCGCCAAUUAUUCGAGGUUCAUGCCAGAAGGAAUCUACUUAAACGCGAGGGAUUUAGGAGUAAAAAAGUUGGCGGCCAAAAUGAAUGAACUCAUUCAAGAUCCAGAUAAAUACGCGGAAUACUUCAGAUGGAAGAAUCACUAUUCGUUCCAUUCCAGAAAUGAAGAUGAUAGUGUGCACAAUGAGUACUGUGAAUUCUGUGCACUAUUGAACGACGAAACAAGAAUGAAUGAAGUUACAAUAGUUGAAAAAUUUAGAGACUGGUGGAAUAAUCCCAAUACUUGUCGAUAGUUUAAUAAGCUUUUCCCAAUGUCAGGAACAUAAAAACUCUUUGUGCGCAAGAUUGUUCAUUAACAUAUAAUACAACAAAAAACAAUUUUACUCUGGAUCUGUGCGGUGGGGAUGAUGAUGAUGAUUGAUGGUGAUUGUAAUAUACUGGAAAAAGUCUGCGGUUUCACUUGCGUUAAUUUUGUGAAAAGGUUUUAGUGAGUCAAACUUAAAAGUUGGACAUAAUUAUGCUGUUGCGGAUUUUUUUAUACUUAGAACUUUUAAAGGGACAAAAUACCGUGAAAAUGUUUUUGUGUAACUUUAACUUUUUCGCAGCGCACGCAAUGGAAACUCUCAAAUGAAAAAAAAACAUAUAUGUGUAUAUCUCGUUUUUGCAAACAUGUUUCGUCGAUGCUCCGCUCCUUCUAGUGGUAGCGUCAGUUGAUAUAGUUUAUAGUCUUCCUCGAUAAAUGCACUAUUUAACUCAAAGAUACACUGACCCGCAAAACUAAGUAUCACAUUUUGAUUUUUAUUUUCUAUCCUGUAUAAGUUAGAUAUUUUAAAUAAAAAACGUUUUAUAGCAAACUGUUGUAGAAAAAAAAACUUUUUUAGAGUCCUUUAUUUCGAAAGUCUAUCUUGUGUACUUAAAAAAAAUGCAAUUUAAGAGGGUGAAACUUAGUUUAGCAGGCCAGUGUGUUUUUUCAAAUCGGACCCAUAGUUCCUAAGAUUAGCGCUUUCAACCGACUCUUCAGCUUUAUAAUAUUAAGAAUAGAUAAGUAAGCGCACAAGAUCUGUUAUAAGUAGUGUGAUGUCAUCUCACUUUUGUUAUAAAAUAUAUUAAUUUAUUUAAUAAAAGGGCAGCUAACAGAUGGAGAACACCAAAAUUAAAAGUAUAAAUAAUUUAUUCUUCCUCAUUCAUUACAGGCUCCGAAACGUCGGGAAUAAUGAAAAAUUGAAUAAAUCUUGCUUUUUACCAAUUAAAAGCUGUUUUAUAUCGGUGUGCGUGAAAAUAUAACAAAGACAAGUAAAGAUGCAAUUCAUGCAAUUUAUGAACUUGUUUUGAAGAAACGCCCAGCUUCACACAUUAGUGUCAGGCACAUAGUUUACGAUGUAUCAAAUCUGGAUGAUAACUUAUUAUAUUAAAACUACUUAUAGAGAAACAUAAAAUAAAAAAAUUACAUUUUUUAAAAUAUAAUUAUAAUAAUAGCUACUAGAUGAUUUGGCGUAAAGUUGUCUAUUUACAGUUAAGUUCGUUGGCACAAACUUAAUUGUAGAAGUAAAUAUGUAUAAGUAAUAUUAAUAUAAGUAAAUUUACUUAUGUUCAUAUUAUUAGAAGUAAAUGCUAUUAUAGAAAUGACCACUGUUGGCAUUAGCUUUGUCAAAUGCCGUUUAAGCCCUAAUAAAAAAAAACUGGACUGAUGCAAGUGGAAAUCGCCCUCCGUGAGGUUCCGUACAAAUUUUGUGUUAUAAGUGUGAUUAUAAGUUGUACUAACAGAUCAUACUUAAAUUUCGGUACCUUUCGGUAAAGAGAAAAAUUAUUUACUCUCCAUUUUUUGGCAUUAGCCGAAAACUAUACACCAUGAAAAUUUUAAAAAUCUGUUAAAGCUUGUGCUAAAAAAGCUCUUUUAUACGAUAACCCACAUGACUCGGUUCACUUAUUUUAAAAAUUCCAUACAUAAAGAACCUGUUUUUAUGUGAUUUAUGAAAAUUUUACGACUUUCAGAAUUUUAUUUUCUGUAAAAAUAAAAUAAUAAAAUAUGAUUUAAAAAAUCUACUACAAGAUUUGGUUAUCCAUACAACUAUGAGCGCGCAUAACGUUUCUUUUGAUUGUUCGAAUGUUGUCGUAUAUAUACCUUACUUUAUUUUCUUUAAAUAUCUAAUCUAUAAAUAAUUAAAAACUAUGCAAGGAAGUGACAUGGUUAUUAAUCUUUUAUAAAAUAAUAAUAGUAAUUAACUCUGUUGCUCCUAAAUAUUGCUAAAGGGACAUUGCUGCAGUGCAUGCAUAUUGCAAGAUACUUAAAAUUAUUGUUGAUAUUUAGAGUAAAAUGAAUCGAAUUAUCAAAUCGAAUUAGUCUAAAAAAGAAACCGGUAGGUAAAUUAAGUACAUAUUUUAAAAAUAUACUGUAUGGGUUCAAAGGAAUGUUUAAUAAUAAUUAUGUGUUGUAUUUGAUGAAUUCAAAAUGAUAUUCGAAUUUUCGAAUUCAUGAAUUUCGAACAUGCAAAUUGUAACUACAUUUUGUAGAAAUUAUAUAUUGUCGUAUGUAAAAGAGGGAAAAUGGGAUUUAUAUUCGGUUCAGUACGUUGUACGCAAGAGAACAAGAAUGGAAUGGAAAUAUUUUACUAUAUUUAUAUUAUUAUACUUUAUUUACUAAUUGAUGGUACGGAACCUCCUUUCAUACGAGCAAGUGUUAUUUCAGCUAAUAAGGUACCGGGAUAAGACUCUCGGUUACAGCAAUAAACUAUUGGAAUACAAGGACCGUAGCGUGGGAAUUCAAAUCAAAGAUGGCGGAUUUUAGUACAUGCAAUUUUUAUUAACUACUCUCGCGGAUUACAUGGCGGCGGCCCGCAGCGAAACAAUUGUUCUUAAAAUAUACUACCGAUGAUGGUAAGUAAUGAUAUAUUGACCCCUAAAAGUCAUUAAAGUCCAGAUGGGACACGUGGCGAUGGGGAAUGACCCGCGUGCACUCGCGAAAAAAAAACUAAAAGGGAAACUACGUGAGCUCACGGUUUGACACAAAUCACUGGUGGUACCACGUUCACUCGUUGGGCGAAGCGACGAUGACGGUGAUGCCUCAGGACACCAACCCUUGACGUCACAGCGAGCUGCACCCUUUUUUUUUUUUUUUUUUACGCAGGUAAAAAAUCUUUUUACAGACGACGGCGCCUUUAAGAGGCACACCGCCGAACGGACC